UUGAUCUGCCAUUUUACCGAAUUAACCACCUCCUAAGCAGCAACCAUGACCCAGCUAGAGACAGCCAUGGCGAUCCUGAUCAAGACCUUUGAUGCGUAUGCUUCUGCCGAAGGCAGUAAGGACAGUCUAAACAAAGCCGAGGUCAAGACCCUGCUGGAGAAGGAGUUGCCUGGACUGCUCAAGUUGGCAAAGAACCAAGAUGAGGUUGACAAGCUGAUGAAAGGUCUGGAUAUUAAUGGAGACUCUGAGGUCGACUUCAUGGAAUACGUGGUGCUGGUAGCCUCGCUCACCUGCGCCUGCCACAGCCGCUGUUGCAAGAAGUGAGCAUGGCGACUGCACCCUGGGGUGGGGCCCGGCCAAGGCAAUAUCAAAUCCAUCUAGUGACUUUUCUGU